AUGUUGCAACAUACAAAUCCUGGAACGGUCACAGAUCUGGAGCUUGAUGGUCAUAGUAGGUUCAAAUAUUGCUUCAUGGCGCUAGGCGCGUUAAUUCGAGGUUGGGGACAUUGUAGUCCGAUUGUUGUGGUUGAUGGCACCAUAUACAUACUUGCUUUCGGGAUUGGGGAUAAUGAGAAUGAUGCCUCGUGGACGUGGUUCUUCGAAAACUUGAGGAAGGCGUACGGCUAUAGAGAAGGGUUGUGCUUCGUAUCGAAUCACCACAAUAGCAUCAAAAAUGCUAUUGAGAAGGUAUAUCCAGGAACAUGUCAUGGAAUUUGUUCGUAUCAUCUCCUUCAAAAUCUAAAGUCACGUUAUGGAAAAUCAAGUAACAAUAUAACGCAAACAUUUAAUUCAGUUGUUUGUGCCUACACGUUGUCAGAAUACGAAUAUAACAUGCAACAGCUCGACGCGAUUAAUGGAAAGAUAAGGGGUUACCUGGACGGUGUUGGGCCUGCUAAAUGGUCACGAUUCCACAUGCCAACGAAUCGAUAUUCUACAAUGACAUCGAAUAUAGUAGAGUCGGUUAAUGCGGUCACAAAAUCUGUCAAGAACUAUCCCAUCGUAGCUUUAUUGGAGUCAUUGCGAUAA